CGCCGUAAGAAUCAUAAGAAGCAAAAACGAGUGACAGUGAGCACGAAUUCUCUCUCAAGGAUAGCCGUGCAGACUGCACUGUGUUCGAACUUGGAUUCGACUCUCGAAUAUGAAGAUCCUCGUGGAAAUCCUGCUGAUAACGAUUAUCGGAGCUCUCGCCGAUGAGCGAGUAUCCCCGAGAGUCCAAACACCUUUGGGAAAGGUCAGAGGUUACUGGGACUUGUCUCGAGAUGGCAGGAAAUUCGAGGCCUACGAAGGAAUCCCGUACGCACAGCCCCCGAUCGGCGAACUACGGUUCGAGCCUCCGGAGCCAAUCGGCGCUUGGACCGGAGAGCUUCCAGCGACGAAGCCGAGCUCGGUGUGCCUGCAGUACCUGCACUUGGUGACGGAUCCAAACGACAGAGUAACAGGCGCGGAGGACUGUUUGUACUUGAAUGUGUACACGCCGAAUUCCAAGAUUACGGACCGGAAGGAAUCCAUGCCUGUGAUCGUUUACAUACACAGCGGAGCUUUCCAGUUCGGCGACGGAGCCACUCAUCGUCCCCACUACCUCAUGGACCACGACGUUGUUCUCGUUACUUUGAAUUACAGGCUCGGCCCGUUAGGAUUUUUAAGCACCCGCGACGAAAUCGUACCCGGAAAUAUGGGCUUGAAGGAUCAGACUCUCGCACUCGCUUGGGUGGCUAAAAACAUCGUCGCCUUCGGCGGGGAUCCCGACAGUGUGACGAUCACCGGUUUGAGCGCUGGUGCAGCGAGCGUCCACUAUCACUACCUCUCCCCCACGAGUCGGGGACUAUUUCAUCGUGGUAUGUCCGUGAGCGGAACGGCCCUGGACUGCUGGACGCAGACGGAAGCGUCUCGCGAGAAGGCCAAGAAGCUUGGGGCCACGAUGGGAUGUCCGACAAACAACAACGAGGAAAUGAUUCGUUGUCUGAAAACACGACCUGCGAAAAGCAUCUUCGAGACCGAAGGAGAAUUCAUGGGCUGGUUGUACAAUCCAUUCACACCGUUCGGACCUGUCGUCGAGAAUCAUUCGGCAAAGCCGUUCAUCGACAAAUCACCGAUCGACGCGAUAGAGAGCGGCGAAGCGGCCGAUCUGCCGUGGAUCACCGGCGUCGUCACCGAGGAAGGUCUCUAUCCGGGCGCCGAAUUCGUCGCCGAUGACGAGCUGAUGAAACAAUUGGACGAAAACUGGGACACCGUAGCGCCGUUUCUCCUCGAUUACAAUUACACGAUCCCGCUGGAGGAGCACGCCGAUCUCGCUCGGAAAAUAAGAAAACAUUACUUGGGCGAGAAAAGGAUCGAUCGUACAACCGUUAACGACGUUAUACGCAUGAUCGGCGAUCGCCAGUUCGUCGUCGACGCUGAAAACGCCGCACGCCGCAUGGCAGCAGCGAACGACAAACCUGUUCGAUUCUAUCGCUUCAGUUAUCGAGGGGAACACAGUCUGAGCGACGCGUUCACUGGCAACAAAAAAAAUUACGGUGUUUCGCACGCGGAUGACCUGGCGUACGUGUUCACCGCGUGGAACUCGGCCCUCACGGAGGAGAAGGAUCUUCAAAUGAGUCGAGAAAUGGUAAACUUCUGGACCUCCUACGCGAAAACCGGAAUUCCGGAGGUGGGAAUCCACUGGAUGCAAGUCGAUGGGUCGGACAAAGAUUUCGAGUACCUGAUGAUCUCGGGGCCAGGAAAAAUGGGGAUGGAGACGAGCGCGAAUCUCGGGGACAAAAAGUUCUGGAGUCGCAUCAACUUCGACGAGAACCGGCCCUCUGGAACAUCCGGAGUCAAGAGGCGCGAUAAAGGCGAGGGAAACGAAGCGAGUUCCGAGAAACAUGAGAACGGGAAAAGUGGGAAUGAUCGAGUUGACGGCGGGGCGACUUGUCACCUUUGAAUGCAAGACCUCGCAGCCCGAAACAAUAAUUAAUUUCCUGCUCCCUCCCCCGCCUGAGCAUCGAACACGGAGCAAUUUAAAACUUAAACGAGACUUUGAAAUCGUUAGUCCGUGGUCGGCUCGCGCCGGAGCGUGGGCGCAGGGGCCCACAGCGAGAUUCCAAAUUCAACGAAUAACGAAAAAAAAUGUCUUUUCCCGUUAACAGCUCUCGAGACCGGAAGAGCACAACCGGCGAGGAAUUAAAUAAAUACAAAAGUGUAGCGCGCUCCUCUCCAGCCUUCGGCCACGUACGUUUAUGUAUGAACGAUACUCGCACACAUAAAAUACACAUUUAUUAUCACAUA